UCAUUUACAUGUAACAAUACACAAUAUGUCAUACACUUAAUACAGUUGUUGUUUCUUGAACUUGUACUUCUUAUUUGUCAAUUGUUGCUGACAAAAACAAGAACAAGGGCCAAUAAAGCAGCAUCUUCCCUCAUACUCUGUAACUCUCUCUUCUUUCUUCUUCCCUUCAAUUUAAUCCCUCCGUUUCAUUUUUCUUACAUCUCACAUUCACAAUUCAUAACUUUUUAGUUUUUACACACACGAAUAUAAUCCAAAUUUGUUCAAUCUGUUAAUACAUACUAAUAAAACCCAGCUCGUAAGUUAAGAUCUGAAUUCAAUUCAUCUGACGGGUCACUUGGUGGGGAAGAGCAAAUAGAAGAUUUGGAAAUUUUGAUGUGGAAGUGUGAAUGCUUCUUUUUGCUGCUUGGAGGGUAAAACUUGUUUCUCGCAGCAAAAGAUAAAGGCAAAUGGCUCCUGCAAGCAAAGCUGAUAAGAAGGCUGCAGGUGAUGUGGCUGCAUGGAUGUUCAAUGUGGUCACUUCAGUUGGAAUCAUUAUUGUCAACAAGGCUUUAAUGGCUAACUAUGGCUUUUUCUUUGCAACAACAUUAACCGGGAUGCAUUUUGCCACAACAACCUUGAUGACUAUUGUUCUUAGAUGGCUCGGAUACAUCCAAACGUCUCAUUUACCCCUUCCAGAUCUUCUAAAAUUUGUACUGUUUGCAAACUUCUCUAUUGUUGGGAUGAACAUCAGUUUAAUGUGGAACUCGGUGGGAUUCUACCAGAUUGCAAAGUUGAGUAUGAUCCCUGUGUCCUGCUUACUAGAAGUUGCCUUUGACAAGAUCCGUUAUUCAAGGGACACAAAGCUGAGUAUUGUUGUGGUACUCCUAGGUGUUGCUGUGUGCACAGUUACUGACGUGAGUGUUAAUACCAAAGGCUUCAUUGCUGCCUUUGUAGCUGUAUGGAGCACUGCACUGCAACAGUAUUAUGUUCAUUACCUUCAAAGGAAAUACUCCCUUAGUUCUUUCAAUCUGCUGGGACAUACUGCACCAGUUCAGGCUGGAAGUUUGCUGAUAUUAGGCCCGUUUGUGGAUUAUUGGUUGACGAACAAGAGGAUUGAUCACUUUGCCUUCAACUUUCCAUCUCUUGUGUUCAUAAUUCUUUCAUGCACUAUAGCUGUGGGCACCAAUCUCAGUCAGUUCAUAUGCAUUGGCAGAUUUACUGCCGUUUCAUUCCAAGUUAUCGGCCAUAUGAAAACGAUCCUUGUUUUGAUACUGGGAUUUUUGUUUUUCGGGAAAGAAGGUCUAAACAUACAAGUUGUAGUUGGCAUGAUUAUAGCAGUUUUUGGAAUGAUCUGGUAUGGCAAUGCCUCGUCUAAACCUGGUGGCAAAGAGCGUCGUAGCCAUUCAGUUAAGCAUGGAUCAGAUUCUUCACAACUUGAUGAUAAGGUGUAAGAUUCUCUAGCAUUGGAGCUGAAACAGAAGAAAUAGCAAAUACCAGAUUUUUUUAGCCAGCUGACUCUAGAUACACCUCCCGAAAUCGAUCAAAUUAGAUUCUUCUUAAUGUUAUAAAUCUUCUUUUUACUACUACUAUAAUAUAACAUGAGGCAGAAGGGAUUGAGACUUGAGUAUGGAGCGUGGUUUCUGUCA